AUGCCAUCACCCAAGUUUCUGUGCGCCAAGUGCGGCGUGGAGCGGGCAGCAGUGAAGCGGCCGCGCAACGGGCAGCUGCUGUGUCGUGAGUGCUUCUUCGUUGUCUUCGAGGGUGAGAUUCACGACACCAUUCAAGCGGAGCGCCUCUUUGCGCCUGGUGACGUGGUCGCCUGCGGAGCGAGCGGCGGCAAGGAUAGCACCGUCCUCAUUCAUCUGCUCGACACGCUCAACAAACGACACGACUACGGCAUUCGCAUAGAGCUUGUUAGCGUCGAUGAGGGCAUCGCUGGCUACCGUGACGAUAGCCUUGAAACGGUGAAACGCAACUCCACGUGCUACGGCCUCCCUCUGCACAUCCUAUCGUACCACGACAUCUUUGGCUGGACGAUGGACGACAUUGUGCGCGUCGUCGGACUGCGCAACAACUGCACCUUCUGCGGCGUGUUUCGCCGCCAAGCCCUAGAAAAGGGGGCGGUGCUGGUCAAGGCAGACAAGAUCGCGACGGGCCACAACGCCGAUGACAUGGCAGAAACCAUUCUCAUGAACCUUCUCCGUGCUGACGCUCCGCGGCUGUCCCGCUGCACGAGUGCCGUGAGCGCUGGCGAGGGUAUUCUGCCUCGUGUGAAGCCACUCAAGUACGCAUACGAGAAGGAGAUCGUGCUCUACGCGCACUUUAAGAAACUGGACUACUUUACCACCGAGUGCACGUACGCUAAAGAGGCCUUUCGAGGCACUGCCCGCACGCUAGUGAAGGAUUUGGAGGCUCUGCGACCCCGCAGCAUUGCGGACACUGUCUACAGCGGCGAACACUUGGAGGUACAGGAACAGGAGGCGGUGCCGGCGAGCGCGCCAAAGCCCUGCGAAAAGUGCAGUUACCUAACGAGCCAGCGCCUCUGCCGCGCUUGUGUGCUGUUGGAAUCGCUGGCGCGCGGCGACCCCUGCGCGGCACUGAGACGAACAAUGUUGUGA